AUGGCUUUGGCAACCGGCACUUCAGUACUGCUAGGACCUUUGACAACAACUUGGGCGGCACCGCCUGCUUGCACUAUCGCGGUUGCAGGUUGCAGUACAUGUUCUUAUGGAUGGCUAGCUCAAACCUGCGCUGGGCUUGAUGAAGUUCGCGACGAACCGUCGUGUUGGCCUCCCAGGACCCUGGGGGCAACAACACCGGCGCAACCUUUCUUCGCAUGGGGCAUAUACUCACCGGGACUCGUAUGUCCUCAGGGAUACACGACGGCUUGUUCAUAUGAUGGCGAGCGGAAGACAGGGGACUUUAACUUUUACUUCAACGCUGAAGAAUCAGAAACAGCUAUCGGUUGUUGCCCGCCGGGAUAUGCCUGUUCUCGGCAUGCUGCGGGCCAUACUUGCAUCACGACAUUGACCUCAACUACGGUCCCGACUGUGACAUGCGAAUCCGGGACUAGCGCUCAUUUUGAAUACGUGACGAUACCUUACGCUGCUGUCGACGUUAGCACUAUCCAUGUUAUCUCGACUUUUACAGUCUUCGCCCCUUUAUUCCAGCUUAACCACCAGGCCUCUGACCUCCCGAGUACCACGGACAAGGCAGCCGACUCGUCUAUUAGCAGUGCAAUAUCCUCUCCGCCGUCACAGAUGUCAACAAUACAAGCUUUACCGACACAAUCAUCAAGUGCGCAAGGUCUAUCCGCCGGGGCACAGGCCGGUAUAGGUUUUGGCGUUGCUCUUGGUAUUAUUCUUCUAGGAAUUAUAGCUUUCUGCCUGUUUCGAUCAAGAAGACGGAAAAUCGGUCCUCAACCUAUCGAAUUACAAGGCGUCGGACAGGAGAUAAAGUUUCCAAUAGGGUUCUACGCGCAAGCUCCUGUGGUCGAGCUUGAAGGCAAUUAUGGAAUCAACCAGGGGUCUCACCAAACAUCGACCAGGCCUUUUGGUCAGGUCGCAAAAUAG